CCCAACACAAGCCCACGGUCUGCAGUGCUCCAGCAACUAGAACGCGCACUCAUUCAUCUCCCCCGAAAAAAAAAAAACAGUCGCAAGUCCCUGAACCCGUGAAUGUUGUGAAAGUGAAGUGUCCAGUGCCGAAGAUCCCCCGAAUAAUGCUCUCAAAAACGUCAGCAACGAGCAACAAUGCUCAAUGACAGAUGCACAAGUGUCGUGAUGCGUGUGACAGUGUUGAUGACGACUGAGGUUGGUCAGUGAUCAGUUCUCAUAUCCGGGAAUAAUUAGUUGUAUUUUUUUAAAUCGACAAGUUAUUAUUCGGUUUGCCCUCGAGACUAAAAAUAUGCGAUAAACAGAGGCCCGAGUUGAAGGAGAGGUAUCAGUGGGAUUUUUUGUCGUGGCCCUGGGGGGGAGAGAGGGGAGAGUCAACAUCAUUGGCUCGCGGGGGAUGAGAGUUAUCGGUGGGUAGGGUUACGACGGCUGGGGCAGGGACCGGUGGAUCCGCCGCUGUGGCUGCUGAACGCUGCCUCGAGGGCUCGAACAGCACCGGCGGCGGAGGUUUUGGGGGCUGAGGGGUUCAGAAACACUUUAACGAGGGGUUUGGAAUCAUGGCGGAUCUCGAGGCUGUACUGGCUGAUGUCAGCUACCUCAUGGCCAUGGAGAAGAGCAAGUGCACGCCGGCUGCCAGGGCCAGCAAGAAAAUCAUCCUGCCGGAUCCUAGUGUCAGGAGCGUCAUGCACAAGUAUCUGGAGAAGAAGAACGAAGUCAACUUUGAUAAAAUAUUUAAUCAAAUGCUAGGGUAUCUAUUGUUCAAAGACUUUUGUGAGACUGUGGCGGAGGAACCAAUUCCGCAACUUAGGUUUUACGAGGAGAUAAAAUCAUACGAAAAACUCGAGUGCCCCGACGAGAGGCGAAAAUUGGCACGUGAGAUAUACGACAACUACAUAAUGAAGGAACUUCUGGCGCAUUCGCACGAAUAUUCCAGUGAAGCUGUCGCUCACGUACACAAAUAUCUCAUGAAGAACGAGGUGCCGGUGAAUUUAUUCGAGCCUUACAUCGAGGAGAUUUUCAAUCAUUUGAGAGGAGAACCAUUCAGAAAGUUCCUGGAGAGUGACAAAUACACUCGCUUCUGCCAAUGGAAAAACCUCGAGUUAAACAUCCAGUUGACAAUGAACGACUUCAGUGUCCACCGGAUAAUAGGCCGUGGUGGUUUUGGUGAAGUAUACGGCUGUCGUAAAGCAGAUACCGGUAAAAUGUACGCUAUGAAAUGCCUCGACAAAAAACGUAUAAAGAUGAAGCAAGGCGAAACCCUGGCCUUAAACGAGAGAAUAAUGCUCUCCCUAGUCAGCACCGGGGUUGACUGUCCUUUCAUAGUCUGCAUGACCUACGCCUUUCACACACCCGACAAAUUAUGCUUUAUCCUCGAUCUGAUGAACGGUGGCGAUCUCCACUAUCACCUAAGUCAGCACGGAGUAUUCAAUGAACCUGAGAUGAAAUUUUACGCGGCUGAAGUAAUUCUUGGUCUUGAACACAUGCACAGACGAUACAUCGUCUACAGAGAUCUCAAACCGGCGAACAUACUUCUUGAUGAGCAUGGCCACGUCAGGAUAUCGGAUCUUGGUUUGGCCUGUGACUUCUCGAAGAAGAAGCCCCAUGCCAGUGUUGGGACACAUGGUUACAUGGCGCCUGAGGUUUUGUCUAAGGGAACAGCUUACGACUCGAGCGCAGACUGGUUCUCAUUCGGCUGUAUGCUUUACAAAUUGCUGAAGGGCCACAGCCCCUUCAGACAGCACAAGACCAAAGACAAGCAUGAGAUCGAUAGGAUGACCUUGACGAUGAACGUUGAACUCCCGGAGUCUUUCUCUCGUGAACUUCGGUCGCUUCUUGAGGGACUGCUGCAACGGGACAUCAACACCAGGUUAGGGUGCAGGGGAAGGGGGGCCGACGAGCUCAAGGAGCAUUCCUUCUUCGGGGGGAUUGAUUGGCAGCAGGUGUAUCUGCAGAAGUACACGCCGCCCUUCAUACCGCCUAGGGGUGAGGUCAACGCUGCUGAUGCCUUUGACAUCGGCUCUUUUGAUGAGGAGGACACCAAGGGGAUCAAGCUUACUGAUGCCGAUCAGGAUCUCUACAAGAACUUUCCGCUUGUCAUAUCUGAGAGGUGGCAGGCGGAGGUAUCUGAGACCGUCUUCGAGACGAUUAACAACGAGGCGGAUAAGGUCGAGAACAAGAAGAAGGCGAAGCAGAAGUUGAGGUUUGACGCUGAUGAGAAGGGCUCCGAUUGCAUUCUCCACGGGUAUAUCAAGAAACUGGGGGGACCUUUUGCCAGCGCUUGGCAGACGAGGUAUGCUAAACUCUACCCGAACAGGUUGGAACUGCAUCCGGAGUCCGCUACGAAACCUGAGCUCGUCUUCCUGGAUCAGGUGGAGGAACUCUCACCUGAUUUGCAGAAUGUCAAGGGGGAACAGUGCAUCGUGGUGAGGACGAGGGAUGCGAAAAUUGUACUUACUAAUCCGGACGAAAUAAGCUUAAAAGAAUGGGCUCUCUCGUUACGAUCAGCAUACAAGAACUCCAUGGAAAUGCUCGGGAACAUGGCUCGUAAAGCUGGUAAAAUAUACGGCACUGAGCGUGACGCAGUGAUACCGCCGAUUCAACGGUCAGCUAAUGGCAAUUAGCAAACUGAUCCUCAACCGUCAGGGAAAAAAAUCGACUAAAAUCUAGAAAGAGGAAAUUUCAAUUCAAAAGAAAUAAUAAAAAAAAUAAAGCACAUGUUCGUACUCCAGUCCCACUGCCCCGCAGCAGCGACACCAGCAGGAUAAUUUUUUUAUACAAAAAAAAAGGAAAAACAUAAGAGAAACUCAAUAAAUAAAACAAGAACAAAUUUGCUGAACACGAACAAAUGAUUGAGUAAAUUCAUUCUAAACCAAUUGCGACGAAUGAAACAUUACAAUCCCACAAAGGAACAUUAUUAUUACGUAUAUUUCCCUAUGAUCGUGUAAGGCGAAUAGCGUCAAUGCUGCGUAGAGUACUGCAGAUUAGAGAAAAAAUAAAUAAUCAGUUGUGAAUUGGUUAAUUGGAGAGGAAUCAAUUUCAUUUGGAGAUUUGCUGUUGGGGAAUAUCUUAGAAUUUGCUUAUCUCAUGUCACAAUUGAAGAUGUUUAGAGAAAUUCGGGGUAAAAUGAAAUACUAGGACAAACUACCAUUCAGCACAAUUCAGGAAAUAUUUUUUUGUUUUUAAUUGAGGGUCAAAUGGUCUUGAGGGUGAACCUACCUUAGAGACAUUCGGAGUUGAGGGUCAAAUGGUUCUGAGACCCAAAUGAUCUUUAAAGAUGUUUAGAGUUAAAGUCAAACAACCCUUGAAGACAUUUGGAAUUGUGGGUCAAAUGAUUUUGAGAGUCAAACGCCCCUUAAAAACAUUUGAAGGGGAGGGAUAACUGAUCUUUAAGGACGUUUGGAGUUGAGAGUCAAAUGAUUUUGACGGUCAAACGACCUGUAAAGGUGUUUAUGAUGAAGCUCAAAUGGUUUUAAGGGUCAAACGACCCUAAAAACCAUCUGUAGUCAAAGGACAAAUGAUCUUGAGGAUCAACGGAUCCUUGAGGACGUUUGAAGUUCAGAGUAAAACGACUUUGAAGGUCCAACGAGCCUUACCAGCGUUUGGAGUUUCAGGUUAAAUGAUUUCGAGAGUCAAACGACCCUCAACUGACUUGUGGAGGUGAGGAUCAAAUGAUCUUAAGGGUCAAACGAGCCUUAAGGACGUUUGGAGUUGAGAGUAGAAUGAUUUUGAAGGUCAAACGAUCCUUAAAGGUGUUUCGAGUUGUGGGUCAAAUGGUCUGAAGGGUCAAGCGACCCUGAAAAACGUUUGAUGUCAAAGGACAAAUGAUCUUGAGGGUCAAACCGCCCUUAAGGACGGUUGGAGUUGAGGGUCAAAUGGCCUUGAAGAUCAACUGACCCUUAAGAACGUUUGGAGGUGAGAGUCGAGACCCUUGAAGGCAUUUUCAAUUGUGAGACAAAUGAUUGUGAGGGUUAAAAAACCUUCAAAGACGUUUGGAGUUGAGGGGCAAUUACCCUUCGUGACGUUUAAAGUUGACGAUCAAAUGAUUUUGGAGGUCAAACAACUUAUGGACGUCGGCAGACGAGGUCAAAUAGUCUUGAGGGUCAAACGAUCCUUAAACACAUUUAAAAUUAGAGUUCAAACGACCUCUGAGGAAUGUUCAAAUGUUCUUGAGGGUCAAAUAGCCCUUGAGAACGUCUAGAGUCAAGGGUCAAAGUGUCAGAGCAGACUGAUUAGAAAGGGUCCUUCCAUCCUAAGACCAUUUGACCCUCAACAAAAAACAGAAAAAUCCUGAAUUGUAAAAAAAACACUAAUUAAAAUUCUUUUGAUAAAUUCACAACUGAAAUAAGUGCUUCGUAAAAACUAGGAGGUGGGAAUCCUCUCCGGAUGCAUAGCGUCGAAAUCCAUGAUUUAAAAUGCAAUAUAUUUGUACGUUUAAUUAAUUGUAUUGUGCAGUGGUGGAAACUAGAAAUUAGGUAAAAAAACAAAUAAUGAAGGAUAACUGUGCCCUCGAGGGGCAAGUUUACUCAAGGACUGAAAUAUUUAAGACAAAAACAUAAUAAAGUCCGAAGGAACAUUAUUGUUAGUGAAAUGCGUGUGAACAGACAUUACACAACUCAAAUAGACCACAACAGUACAGAACAGUAGAGGUAUAUUGUAACAUGAAAAUAAUAAGUAUCUGUAUUCUUAUUACUUCUUAUGCAUCCAAAUGAACGUGAUGUGUAAGGGGAAUAUGUGUGAGUCGAGUGAGCAAUACAUUGUGAGGUAUUUAAUUGAUGGUGAAUUUUUUGAGUGAAUGAAUGAGUGAGUGCUUUUAAUCACAGGCCCAUAACACUCUUCUUCCCACAUUUGAUGAAUCUAAUCAUUAAUUAACACGGACACAUUGUAGUUGAGUGAGAUAAGGAGUUGAUUUUCGCCUAGCUAUCGAAAUAAUGAGAUUAUGUAAGUAAUUACUAAUUAUUUUUUUAUGAAAUAUUUUAGUGAUGAGCAGGGUCGUGCUCUUUGCGAUUACCUGACGACGAAUUUAAUACGAUUAUUUAAAUUAAGGGAUAUUAUAUUUUCGUAAGUUUAGUUUUUGAUCAGGGGAGAGAGAGCAGAAUUCAAUAGUUUAUUUUUUUAGCGUUUUUUUUUAUUUUAGACUGAGGGAAAUUUUUGGUUUUCAAUUUUUUUAAUUGCAAAAGUUUUCAUUCGGUGUUUUGGGCAGUAUAGUUUGGAUGGAAGUAUUUGAUAUUGAAUUUGAUGUUUAAUUAUAGCGUUAAUUGAAUGUUUAUGUUGAUUGAAUCGAUCAUUUUUAACGUGAGGAUUUUUUUAGAGAAUUUUUUUGAGCGGAAUGUAUUGUUUGAUGGCAUUUUCUCCAAAAUCAGUUAAUUUUUUUUUUUGCAAUAAAGAAGAAUGAAAUAUUGAGAAAUGAAAUCAGCGGUUCUUUAUUUUUUACGUCAUGUGAAAUGUUUAUUUAUCUCGGUAAGGAGUGAAUUUAGGAGGAAAUGUCAAAAAGACAUUCCUGUAGAGAAUUUUCUUAGCUGCAAAAACGAUCUUAAGACAUUUCCUCCUAAAAUAAGUGGAUACCGCUAUAUUUUGAAAUUUAGCAAAUUCUAAUUCUUAUUUUAGUAAUUUUUCACACCAAAAGCGACUGAAAAGUUGACAAAUGAAAUGAAAAUGUUGACUUUCAAAAUUUUCAAAUGUUAAAUAUAUUAUUAAAUCGUUCAUAUGCAAUUUAAUAUUUAAUAAUAGCAAUAAUUGAUAAUUAAUUUUGAUUGAACAUUCUUUUUUUUUACAUGAUGUAAAAUGUUUAAUUAUCUUGAUAGCAGGGAUCCCCAUCAAUAUUAAAUUUCUGUAAUAUUGCACGGAUUUGACCCUUAAAUUAUUGAAGGUUUACAAUAU